AUGGUCGAGAAUGAAGUCAAUGUGGCAUCCAUCCCGUAUACUCCUGCCAAAAUUCUGAUUCCUGCCAGAGCACCUCCUUUGGUCAUUACAUUGCCUGGUCCCGUCCCGUAUAAUAGUGAAAAAGCAAUCCCAUGGAAUUAUGGGGGAGAAGUUUUCUACCAAGGGGCUCAGUAUGAGAUUAAAAUGCCGGUUGAGAAAGAAGAUGUGGAUAAUGUUGUUGGCAUUGGAAGAAUGACAAGGAGUGGUCGUAUUCUCAAUCCUCCCCAGAAUACCCGCGAUGAUAAUGCAGAAGCUCUAGCUCAAGCUAAAGGGAAAAGAGUGGCAGAAGAUGCAGUGGAUCAGGGGCAAAGCUCUAAUUCUGAAGAUACUGUGGCCAAAGAGAUGGAAGAGUUCUUAAAGAUCAUCAAGAAAAGUGAGUAUAAAGUGGUUGACCAACUGAGUCAAACUCAAUCAAAGAUUUCGAUUUUGCAGUUGCUCCUGUGUUCGGAGACACAUCGAAAUGCUUUAUUAAGACUUCUAAGUACUGCCUUUGUCCCUCCGGAAAUCUCAGUGAAUCAACUUGAAGGAGUGGUGUCAAACAUCAACGCUGGUAAUGGAUUGGGAUUCACUGAUGCAGACUUGCCUUCCGAAGGUAGAAACCACAAUAGAGCUUUGCAUAUAUCAGUGGAGUGUAAAGGGACUAUGUUAUCACGUGUUCUCGUGGAUACUGGAUCUUCUUUGAAUGUAUUACCGAAGUCGUCUUUGAUGAGGCUAGAUUAUUCUGGUGUUGAGAUAAGGCCGAGUGAACUGACGGUGAGAGCUUUUGAUGGCUCAAAGAGAUCAGUGUUUGGGGAAGUUGACUUGCCAAUAAUGAUAGGUCCCCAGCUCUUCACCAUUACUUUCUUUGUGAUGGAUAUCCACCCGUCUUACAGUUGUCUCCUGGGACGUCCAUGGAUCCAUGCUGCUGGGGCCGUGACUUCCACAUUGCAUCAGAAACUCAAGUUCGCAACUCAAAGAAAGAUAGUCACCAUAUGUGGGGAAGAAGAACACGUAGUAAGUCAUCUCGCGUCUUUCAGGUAUAUCGAGGUGGAAGGAGAGGUCCACGAGACGCCUUGCCAGGCCUUUGAAGCUGUCCAGACUAUCAAGAUCCCUUAUGUUGAAAAUAAGAAGUUAGAGGCUCCCAUGUCUUCACUAAAGGAAGCUAAAGUUGUGGUUGAAUCUGGUCAUCUUCAAGGAUGGGGCCGAGUCUUGGAUUUACCAAUCAAGCAGGAUAAAUGUGGGAUUGGAUAUCAGUUGGGUCAGAGUUCAUCUGAUGGGCCCCCCAAGAAGCCCAUAACCUUCGUUCCAAUCAAGUUCUCUAGUGCUGGCAUUGUGAAAGAUCAUGUAUGUGCUGCUGAUGAUGAUAUGGAUAGCGAUUAUGCCAUCGAGGAAUGGAUCAAGCCGUGUGUCCCAGGACAGAAGCUUCUCAACUGGUCGUCCAAGGACAUCAUCUCAAUUGCUUUUGAUCAAGAGUAA